AUAGUAUCGGACUUCGCUCGCUUCGUUUAAUUCGCUUUUCUCCGUAGACGAAAUUACAGAGAGCUCCCGAGGGACCCGGCCUUGGGCACGAGAUUUCCGCUUCCGAGAUUUUCUAUGAUAUUUUAUGAUAGUAUUCUAGGUAAGAGCAAAAUAGUUCUAAGAAUAUAAAUAUUACGCGUAAUACGUAGAGCUUUAAAAUGAUAGUCGUUAAUACUACUUAUUUUGUAAAAUAUAUAUACACCGUGUUUUUAUUGAAUUCCGUGAACUCCGGGGUAUGUGUAAUUACUUUGAAGGAAACUAAAUGAAAAAUAUUUUAUUAUUUAUAUAUUUUUUUUCCUUUUCGAUUCCUUAAGUAUAAAGUUACCAAUAGGUCGAAGUAGCAAUUCGUUUAAUCCUAAAGAAUUAGAUUAGUUUUACUUACACCUUAUGAAAAAAAAACAGAAAUAAGGCAGAUAGAUAAGUCACUACUUAUCUUGUAUGUGUAAUCAUUAUCGACAGCGUUGAUUGUAUAAUUUAUAUCGCAACAAAUAAUUAUACUUCAUGAUAACUGAUCAACAAUCAUAACAUCAGAACCAAUUGAACGGGAAAGUCGUGUGAAAUAAAUAUACAAUGGCAGAAGCGGUGGAACAAUUGCAGAUAUUUCUUCAAAAUAUCGCCAAAAAAGAGAAUUACCUACUCAGUAAAAUCGACAUCAAACCAAUCUCUUCUGGAGGAGCCAACUACACCGCAGAUUUAUACCUGAUCACAAUUUCAGAACCUUUAAAGCCGGAUAUACAUAUUUUUGCUAAAACCGCCAAUUUAAAUGAGGAUGCAAGAAAAACCAAUGAAUUUCUAUCCAGAGUAUACGAAAUAGAAGCUCUUUUUUACUCUGAAUUUGCCGUAAACUUUGAAAGACUUUACAAUAAGUGCCAAGUACCUAUAGAAAACAGGUUGUAUAUACCCAAAUAUUACGGGCAUUUAUUAGUCCCUUACCAGGAGAUUCUAGUUUUGGAAAAUCUUGAGGCAAAAGGAUAUAAUAGUUUCGAUAGAAUGAAAACUUUCAAUUGGGACUAUGCAUCAACUGCUGUUACGCAGUUGGCUAAAUUUCAUGCUCUUGGACUAGCAUUGCGUGAUGAGAAUCCUCAUGAGUUCACAAGAUUAGUGAGUAAUUUUCAAUUUGAUGUAUCCGAGAACCGAGAGAUGAUGAAUUCUUUUUUAAAAUUGGCCGUUAAGAAUGCAUGUGAAGGCUUGAAGAGUGAUCAUAAGGAACGACUCCAAAAGUAUUUUGCCUCACCGGAGAAUAUAGCAACGCUGAUAACAACGAUGACGAAAGACCAAAUUUUUUUGGUUCAUGGAGAUUUUAGACCAAGCAAUUUGAUGCACAGGCGUCGCAACGGAAAGCUGGAGAUAGUCCCUAUAGACUACCAAACCCUGAGACGUGGAAACCCAGUAGGCGACCUGAUGCAUUUAGUCUUCUCUGGCUCUGAUGAGGAGUUCCGUCGUCUCCACUACCAACGGCUUAUGGAUCACUAUUUCACGCAGCUGACCUUGGCAUUGCAGCAGCUUAAUGUGGAUGUAGAGAAGAUAUAUCCUAGAGAAAGCUUUGAUGCAGACCUGAUUAAGUUCAGACCCGUGGGUCUGUACAUGGGUAUAAUAAUGGCGGGGUUGGUAACAGUGACCUCAGAAGAAGCACCCAAGCUGGAUGGAGACCUAACCACAUUGCAGACCAAGCCCAACCAGCUCGCUUUGGAGCGCAUAAAUGGGGUCGUUAAAGACUACGUUCGAUGGGGAGUUUUGUAAAGAACGCUAAAUAAAUUUAAUGGGGAUUUAAGCUAUAAGAAAAUUAAGGAUAAUUACAAGUUAAUAUUAAGCAGGAACAAAAAUUAAUUUCUUUCAAAAACCGCCAAACAAACCGUAAUAUCA